AUGUAUGUCAAUCACAUGUGUAUCAACCACAUGUGUAUCAACCACAUGUGUAUCAACCACAUGUGUAUCAACCACAUGUACAUGUGUAUCAACCACAUGUACAUGUGUAUCAACCACAUGUAUGUCAAUCACAUGUGUAUCAACCACAUUUGUAUCAACCACAUGUGUAUCAACCACAUGUUCAUGUGUAUCAACCACAUGUUCAUGUGUAUCAACCACAUGUAUGUCAAUCACAUGUGUAUCAACCACAUUUGUAUCAACCACAUGUGUAUCAACCACAUGUACAUGUGUAUCAACCACAUGUGUAUCAAUCAUAUGUACAUGUGUAUCAACCACAUGUGUAUCAACCACAUGUAUGUCAAUCACAUGUGUAUCAACCACAUUUGUAUCAACCACAUGUGUAUCAACCACAUGUACAUGUAUGUCAACCACAUGUAUGUCAGCCACAUGUAUGUCAACCACAUGUAUGUCAGCCACAUGUAUGUCAGCCACAUGUAUGUCAACCACAUGUAUGUCAGCCACAUGUAUGUCAGCCACAUGUAUGUCAACCACAUGUAUGUCAACCACAUGUAUGUCAGCCACAUGUAUGUCAACCACAUGUAUGUCAACCACAUGUAUGUCAACCACAUGUGUAUCAACCGUAAACUACGACUUUUUAAUGCGGUGUGA